UCUAGUCUAGUAUUUGUAGUAAGAGUUAAAAACUAGAUACAAGGGAAAUGGACGUGGACCAGGACAUGAAAGUUACGAUUCGUAUGAGGAAAAUAGCGAGAAAGAAGGUAUUUGCUGAGACUGUGGCAGCCAAGCAAUUGACAAGCAACCCACCAGAAUGGAAAUGCUGCAAUCACUGUUUCAGGAGUGCCAUCGAUAUCCACAAGCACACAUCCCUGGAACAUAGUGAAGAGAUUGACAGCAAAACGAUGGAUGCUCUGAAGAAAGCCAGGACUGCUUGCAGCACCUCUAAACAUAUUCUUGAAAAUGCAGAGCCAGGAGAGGGACAGAAGAAUAAGCAUCAAGGGUCAAGAGAAACUCCAAACGGUUGUGUCAAUCCAGCAGGUGUUUGUGCAGGUGAAAGCACUAGCAAAAGAAGACACUGUUCCUAUUCUGAGGAUGAUGUGCGACCCUGGUUACCCAUGGUAACCCAGUGUGAUGCUGAGGAUGAGGAAAGCAGAUGUGACAAGAAAAGCAGAACAAAAGAGGGUCAAGUCCUUCUGUUCUACAAAUAUGUUGAUUUGGCAGAUCCGGCCGACAUUUGUGAAUGGCAGAGAGAGUUGUGCAGGAGACUUCAUUUACAUGGAAAGAUCAGGAUAGCUAGAGAAGGCUUGAAUGGUACAGUAGGUGGUGCAUUGAUCAGCACUCAGCAGUACAUGGAAGCAGUGAUGACACACCCAUACUUCACAGACAUGAACAUUGAGGAUUUUAAGACAAGUCAAGGAGGCCAUGACAGUUUUCCUGAUGGUCUUGUUGUCUCAAUUCAUCAGGAAAUUGUUCCUAUGGGUAUGGAUCCUAUGCUGGUCAGCUUCAAAGAUGCAGGUUGUCACCUUACACCAGCCCAGUUCCAUGAAGAAGUUCAGAGGCACAGAAAUGCCAAGGAAAGAGAAGAGAAAACAAAUACAGUCUUCAUUGACUGCAGGAACUUCUAUGAAAGCAGGAUUGGUAUUUUCCCUGAUGCCAUCACACCAGACAUACGUAAAUUCAGCUACUGGCCUGAGUAUGUAGAUAAGAAUGAAGCAGUGUUUGCCGACAAGAAGGUCCUUAUGUACUGCACGGGAGGUAUCAGAUGUGAAAGGGGCUCAGCAUACCUCAGGUCAAAGGGAAUUUGCAAAGAGGUGCUACAGCUAAAGGGGGGUAUCCACAGGUAUCUAGACCAGUACCCAGAUGGCUUCUUUAGAGGCAAGCUGUUUGUCUUUGACAACCGCUAUGCUAUUCAAACAAACCAGGAUGUCAUAGCAGAGUGCUUCCACUGCUCAAAGCCUUGGGAUGAGUACGAGCCAUGCAGCAGUAAGCACUGCCACCAGCUAGUCCUGUCCUGUCCUUCCUGCAGGACCUCUGGCUUGACCACCUGCUGCAGGAGGUGUGCAGAGCUAGCCCUGGACUAUGCCUCCGGGGAGGACGGCAAGACCAAGACCAAGAAAAGGAAGGAGGGGUGCACCUGCACCAAGAACCGAGAGAGGAUCCCUGUGGAGAAAUUGGACAGUAGUUCUGCAUGUAGCGCAAUCAAAGUUGAUGGUGUUAAACCCUGUCGAGGCACUGGAAGUACAAGAGAUGUGCAGAGUUGAUGAUGGAUAGUGAAGCUAGUAGAUAGUAGAUAGUGGAGGUAGAGAAAGUAGUUUUUGAAUCCCAUUUAUGUUAUUUUAUGAAUUGACAAGCCUCAACCUGUCUUUGGAUACUCUUCCUGUGUAGCAUCCAGACGUGGAUUCUUGUCCAGUCCCUUUGUCCACCCUUCAAGGAUAUAUCAUGGAAUCAGUACACAAAUUCUAGAAAAUUAAUGGUACAUGAAAUAACAAAACCCUAUUGCGGUGGAAGGAAUCCCUUGCAGUAGUUCAACUUGUAUUAUGAUCAAUAUUGUCAACUGUAGCUGUUGUGAAAACUUUUGGAAGACGAUUUGGAGGGCAAACCACCCUUUCUGUGUUAUAAUUUUGACAUUAUUGACUUGACUUAACAUAUUUUUGUUUUGUUUAUGUGUUUAAGUAAAUCGUUUAAGUGGCUUUACUCUUUUAAUUUGGUUUUGAAAUUGCAAUUACCCAGAAAUUUUACAAUUUUAUAAUACUUGCCACAUCUUUUAACAUCAUGCUGAUAAAUGCAUUAAUGUAUUAUUGCGUGUUUAACACCAUUUUAUUAUUUGCAGUAUCUGACUGAAAUAUCAUGUAUGAUAUUUGAUAAACAAAGAUAUUAAGAAUAAGAAAUAUAGAAAACAAGUAAUAUCUCCUCUGAUUUUCAAAUUGUAUAUUUGUUGCAGUUUUUUUAGAAUAGUUAGAUACUAGAAGUUGAAUCUUAGCAAUCCAGUUGAAGUCCUUGUCAAUAUGAGUGCCUAGAUAUUUGUAUUCUGAAACCACCCAUCUUUCAUCUUGAUUAAGUAUCAAUGGCAUGAUAACUUUUUAGAGUUUUUUCCCCUAAAAUCCAUACCGUUUCUUUUCUUUUGUUUUGUCUUUGUAUUAAGAAUCAGUGACAAGUGUGUAUACCAUAUGACAAAGUCAGCUGCCUUGGUUCUAUACAUGUUUUUCUGCUUAUCUGUGAUUCAAUUAUUUCACAAUAUUUAUUCAUUCUCCAAUUGAAAAUAAAACCCACAAACAUUGAAAUAUAUAAAUAUUGAAUAAAGUAAAUAAUGUCAGUGAGAGGAUACAUCCUUCUGGUGUCCCUGUGUGUAGAAUCUUUCUUUCUUUCUCAGCCUUUUUGACAUGAAGUCACUUAUCCGAAUUCCAAAGCAACAAAUUACAAUUGAUAUGCAUGUCAUAGUAUAAUCUGCCAAUGAGUUUAUGGGGCACAUCCAUUAUUGAAUGCUGAGGGAUGAAUGAAAGUUAUUGUAAUGAGCAGGUAUAUAUUGUUGCAACUAAUCAUGUAUCAUUAUGGCAUGUGCAUUAUUAAUGUUUUAUAUCAAAUUGACAUUUAAAUUUCAAAUAUAUUCAAAUUGAAUUAAAAAUGUUCAUGACAGUCAUUUUUCACACAAUCACUUUACUGUGUGGACA